CGUAAACUGUUUGUGUAAGAGAGCGAAGAGUGGUCUUUGAAACAGUCCCUAAGCGCCAUCUAUAAUUAAUGUUGGUAAACGUGUCGCAUUAAUAUAUAGCUGACGAUCCUGAAUUAACUCGUCCCAUUAUCAAUAAUCCGGAUAGGAACUUGAUCUCUUAAAAUGUCUGAAUUACAACUAUCAGAAGAACAGGUUGCAGAAUUUAAGGAAGCUUUUAGUUUGUUUGAUAAAGAUGGCGAUGGGUGUAUAACAACGAAGGAACUAGGAACUGUGAUGAGGUCACUAGGUCAGAAUCCUACAGAAACGGAAUUACAAGACAUGAUUAAUGAGGUGGAUGCAGACGGAAAUGGUACAAUAGAUUUUCCUGAAUUUUUGACAAUGAUGGCGCGAAAAAUGAAGGAGACAGAUUCAGAGGAUGAACUUAGGGAAGCUUUCAAAGUGUUUGAUAAGGAUGGCAAUGGAUUUAUAAGUGCCGCGGAAUUACGUCACGUGAUGCGAAAUCUUGGUGAAAGAUUGACGGAUGAAGAGGUUGAUGAAAUGAUUAAAGAAGCUGACAUCGAUGGAGACGGCCAGGUUAAUUACGAAGAAUUUGUUUCAAUGAUGAUGGGAGAAAAAAGUCAACAACAACAGAGUAAUAAAUGAAAGCGGAAACGGAAGUCGUUCAUUUUUCUACUGCUGAUAGUCAUAGUUUUGAGUUCAAAUCGCACACAAAAUAGGAAAAAGUUUUAGUUAGAUUUACAACACAAUAGAGAGGAGGUUCCAAUUUAAUUAUACUGCAUCAUGCAAACUACAAGCCAGACUCUACCGAUAGAUAUAUUCUUAGUCAACUAGGUUCAAUAAACAUGCAUGGCAUUUAUAUGAAAGGAAAUUUAUUCCCAACUGAAAGCCAUGAUGUAUAUUGCUACAAAUCUGUCCAGCGUAAUUGAUUUGAAAAGGACUACAUUUGUAUUACUAAUGCUUUGAUUUUUGUGAUACUUACAAAAAAAUAACAUAGUGUCCGUUAUUCUCAUAUUGGUUAAAUUUUUCAACAUCAACAUGACCAUUUUUCCUUUAUUUAAAUUGGCUUAUAUUUCGAAAACGGUGCUCAUGUAAACAUCAACAUUUAAAGUUAUGUUGUAAAAGGACCUUUAUGUUAUGUGAAAAUGACUCUUUCGUCUGUUUAGUUCAUCAUUUCCUAUUAAGCAUGAGUAGGAGUAUGAUCUAAUCUGUUGGAGUUCUAUUAAUCUUUAAAAUAAAUUAUUCAAAUUCAAUUCCGUUAAUACAUUGGUUGGGUUGCAGUGCUUCUUGAUAUUUAUCUAUGCGUUGUUAAGUUUCCAACUUUUUACAUUUGAAUUUAUAGUUCUUUAAUUGACAAUUAAAAUUUAAUGGCUGUUCUAGUCAUGAAAAAUACAUUCCAAUGUAUAGAAUAUCUUGUGCAGUACUACUAUCGAGACCGAAUGGCUAACUAUGUAUCAUUAGAUCUUCAAAAAUGUGUGAGUUCUGAUAACAGUAGUAUUCAUAUAGAUGAGAUGUCCAAUGAUCUACUAGAUAAUGAAAAUCUGGGAUUUAAAUAAAUUAUUUUUUAAGAUUUAUAGAAUUGAAACAAACUCCUUAGUUACACGUAUUGAACACAUUUUUUUACAAUUAGUAUCAUCUUCAUUUUGUAUAUUCCAUUUAAUUACAUUGAAUAAAGAAAUGAUUUUUA